GAGUGACUUCAUAUCGGGAAAACCGGGAGCGGGCAGCUGUGGGGCGGUGCUGGGGCUGCCCGCCCUCCAGGGGUGGUGCAGGGGCGGCAGCGUGGCCCAGAGGAGGAGGAAGGUGAGAAGGAGGAGGAAGGAUGCUGGAGCUGUUGUUGCUGCUGCUGGCUGUGCCGCCGAGGCAGGCGGCAGAGCUGCAGCUGGGGCUGCGUGAACCCAUCGGGGCGGUAAGCCCAGCCUUCCUCUCUCUCACACUGGACGCCAGCUUGGCCCGUGACCCGCGCUUUGUCGCCCUGCUCAGACACCCAAAGCUGCGCGCUCUGGCCAGUGGGCUCUCCCCAGGCUUCCUGAGGUUUGGCGGCACCAGUACAGAUUUCCUGAUCUUCAAUCCCAACAAAGAUUCGACUUGGGAAGAGAAAGUCCUGUCAGAACUUCAGGCCAAGGGAGAUGUGUGCAGAACAUGGCCCAGCUUUGCUGUGGUUCCAGAGCUGCUGCUCACCCAGUGGCCCCUCCAGGAGAAACUGCUCCUUGCUGAACAUUCCUGGAAAAAGCACAAAAACACCACCAUUACAAGGAACACGCUGGACAUCCUGCACACGUUUGCCAGCUGCUCAGGCUUCCGCCUGGUGUUUGGGCUGAACGCACUGCUGCGCAGGGCCGGCCUGCGGUGGGACAGCUCCAACGCCAGGCAGCUGCUGGGCUACUGUGCACAGCGUGGCUACAACAUCUCCUGGGAACUGGGCAACGAGCCCAACAGCUUCAGGAAAAAAUCGGGCAUCUACAUCGAUGGCUUCCAGUUGGGACAGGAUUUCAUCCACCUGCGACAGCUCCUGAGCCAGCACCCCCUGUACCAACAUGCUGAGCUGUAUGGCCCAGACGUGGGGCAGCCUCGCAAGCGCACCCAGCACCUGCUCAGAAGCUUCCUGAAAUCCGGAGGAAAGGCGAUUGACUCUGUCACCUGGCACCACUACUAUGUGAAUGGUCGAAGUGCAACAAGGGAGGAUUUCCUGAGCCCUGACGUGCUGGACUCCUUUGCCACAGCCGUGCGUGAUGUCCUGGAGAUUGUGGAAGCAACAGUGCCCGGCAAGAAAGUAUGGCUGGGUGAGACCAGCUCAGCAUAUGGUGGGGGGGCCCCCCAGCUCUCCAACACCUAUGUGGCCGGCUUCAUGUGGCUGGACAAGCUGGGGCUGGCAGCCCGGCGUGGCAUCGACGUGGUGAUGAGGCAGGUCUUCUUCGGUGCUGGCAGCUAUCACCUGGUGGAUGCCAGCUUUGAGCCCUUGCCGGACUACUGGCUGUCGCUGCUGUACAAGAGGCUGGUGGGCACCCGGGUACUGGAGGUCAGCGUGGAGCGAGCGGAUGUGCGGCGCCUGCGGGUCUACCUGCACUGCACCAACCCCCAGCACCCCAAAUACCGGGAAGGAGAUGUGACGCUGUUUGCCUUGAACCUCUACAAUGUGACCCAGAACUUGCAGCUGCCUAAGCAGUUGUGGAGUAAGAGCGUGGAUCAGUACCUGCUGCUGCCCCACGGCAAGGGCAGCAUCCUGUCCAGACCCAGAGCCAGAGAUGAUGCUGGCAAGCAGGCCUGCAGCAUCCCAUCAUGCCUCGGCAGGGAGGUGCAGCUGAACGGCCGCCUACUGCGGAUGGUGGACGAUGAGACGCUCCCUGCACUGCAUGAGAUGGCCCUUGCCCCUGGCAGCACACUUGGCCUGCCAGCCUUCUCCUACGGUUUCUACGUGAUCAGGAACGCUAAGGCUAUUGCUUGCAUUUGAGCACGCAGGGUAAUAGGGCUCGCCACGCGGUGCCACUUGUUUUUGCCAGGUAGGGAGAUUGUGGUCACAGGCUGGAGAAAGCCAGGUCACCAUAAAGGCUUUGGCAUCCUGAGAGCAACCCUUGAGGGGCACGCAUCCUUCCUGCUAGGAAAACAGCCUGUUUGGGCAGAAAUUUGUCUCAUGGCAGCUUUUCGCAUCUGUGUAAGGUGAGUUCCCACCAGUGCAGUUGGUUCUCUUGGAAUUACGUAACUCACACCACCAUCAGUGCCUUACAAUGUUCAGAGCACAGCAGGGGGAAAACUAACAUGCACCGUACUUCCCUUCUUUGAGCUUUAAAAAGAUGCUAUCGGCUCAGUGGGGUUUCAAGGCAGAGGAUUGGCUUGUGGUUCACAUGAAGGCUUUAGAGCACCAAGCAAGUGGACAUUCUUUGGAACUGUGAUCAAACAGGCACAAUAAAAUUUAUAUUUAAAUGCA